UCCCUCCUCUCCGCCCCGGCAGCCAGCGGCUCCACAUCCGGGCGGCUCGCUCCUCUUCAUUCGCAGGUCGCUUCGCUCACCCGUUGCCACCGGGGAGGUCCGUGGCCGCAGAAGAAAAACCCUCCAGAUUCCCGGGCGUCUGGUAGCGGGCUCCUCAGGCCCGUCCCAUCCCAACGAGUCGCCGCCCCCCCCGCCCCCUGCACAGCCGGUCGCUCAUGACGCGAGCCCCGCCGAUGGUGGUGCCCGGCGCCGCGCGCUCCCCGUCGGUGCGACAUCUCCGCGCGGGAGUAGCAUCGCUGGCUAACGUUAGCUAACAACAUCUAUUUCUCUGCUGCUCCCGGCCCCUGUUUGUGACCCCAGCUGCAUUCUUCCCCGUGCCACGGGUCUCGCCAUGACUGGUCCGGUGGCCGGUAGCAAGUCCUGCGUGUACGCAGACGUCAAUACCCUGAAGAGCCGGGAAUACUGGGACUACGAGGCCCACGUGCCCAACUGGAACAACCAGGAGGACUACCAGCUGGUCCGUAAACUGGGCAGAGGGAAAUACAGCGAGGUGUUCGAGGCCGUCAACAUCACCAACAACGAGAAAGUGGUGGUCAAGAUCCUGAAGCCUGUUAAGAAAAAGAAGAUCAAGCGAGAGAUCAAGAUCCUGGAGAACUUGCGAGGUGGGAGCAACAUCAUCCGGCUGGUGGACGCAGUCAAAGACCCAGGGUCCAGGACUCCGGCGCUCGUCUUUGAAUGCAUCAAUAACACAGACUUCAAGGAGCUGUACCAGAAGUUGACAGAUUAUGAUAUCCGUUUCUAUAUGUAUGAACUACUCAAGGCUCUGGACUACUGUCACAGUAUGGGAAUCAUGCACCGCGACGUUAAACCCCACAAUGUGAUGAUCGACCACCAGUUGAGAAAGCUACGCCUUAUAGACUGGGGUUUGGCAGAGUUCUACCACCCAUCCCAGGAGUACAACGUCAGAGUGGCCUCGCGUUACUUCAAAGGCCCCGAACUCCUGGUGGACUACCAAAUGUACGAUUACAGCCUGGACAUGUGGAGCUUGGGCUGCAUGCUGGCUAGUAUGAUAUUUCAGAAAGAGCCCUUCUUCCACGGACAGGACAACUACGACCAGCUGGUAAGAAUCGCCAAGGUCCUUGGGACGGACGAGCUGUUUGGUUACCUGCGCAAAUACCACAUUGAACUGGACCCGCGCUUCAAAGACCUGCUGGGACAGCAGAGCAGGAAGCGCUGGGAACAGUUUGUACAGACGGAGAACCAGCACCUGGUGAGUCCUGAAGCUCUGGACCUGCUGGACAAGCUGCUACGUUACGACCACCAACAGAGGCUGACGGCCACGGAGGCCAUGGAUCAGCCCUACUUCUGUGAGCGAGACGCGCACAGCCGACCCGAUAAUAAAGGAGCAGUCUCUGUCAAACUCUGACAAUAACAUGGUAACCAGUGACAACACUACGGCGCGAUGAAAUGAAGAUGAUGAAGAAGAAGAGGAGGAAGAAGAAGAAGAUGUUACCUCAGUUUUGUACCCAGUUGUGAUAUUAACUGUGUACAGUGACAAUGGAUCAAAGUAACUCGGACCAGUUCCACUCUUCACAGAUAUGUUCAUACAGACACACACACACACACACACACACACACACACACACACACACACACACACACACACACACACCAAAACACUUUUAAAGGUCAGUCACUCCUCCUCGUCUUCUUCUUCUCGCUCCCUUGUCCCUCCUUCAUAUAAUCCCCAGAUUGUUUCAAUCAGCAUGGAGAACCCUCCCCCCCCGCCUGUCCCGCCCCCACAUCGUCCCCCGUCCUGUGUCCCCCAACAGACAGACGUCUACUACUCCAUUUCUGACAGUGGCACGGUGGACUCUCUAGAAGAAUGAUCAUAAUAAUAUUAAUGAAAAAUAAAGGAUUUUUAUUUAGAUGACCUGUGUCAAAAGGGAGUUAUCGCUAGUUCUUUUUUUCUUUUUCACAGUACAAUAUUAUUUUGUAUUUUUGGACGAAGACACAUUUUCUUGAUGUGUAAUCAUACGAUCACCUGACUUCACAAUCUGAUAACACACUUAAGGACCCACACUGGACACGAAACCUUUAACUAAACAUGUUCAAAAUGACGAGUUCGAUGUGAACACAGCGAUGGACUCUAAGCAAACGGAUCAUAGUGUGUCAGUGAGGGUUGUUGUGACAGCAGCGCUCGAGUUGUGUAAAGCUGCUACAACCAGUUUGCUGUCUCUGCCGGUUGCUUCCAAAAGGUCAGGAUAGGUGCUUCAGGCAGAAGACCAGACCGAAGUCAAACAAAGAGCCAUUUUCUGCAGGGGGUGGUUGGGACCAAAAGAGAGCAAAUACUGGACUUGCAUUUAACUCCAAAUAUGUUGCUUCAUAACUGCUGUAUGUUUAACUCAACUGAAGUUCUUGCCAUUUCAACCCCAAUUCUUUGAAGUCGCAGUAUGCUAAAAUUGUUGAGAUAUUUAUUUUAUAACUGUAACAGGUUUGACACAAGUGUUGCAUUUAGAAAUUACACCUCUGUAAUAACGUGAUUAUGCUGAGCUAAUAGUUUUAUCACCUGAAUUUGAAUACUCUGUAUUUCCAUUUCCAUUCCAGGUCAGCAUUAAACAUAUAAUGGGUUAUGUAUAAUCUUGAAACAAAAGAGAAUGUAUGAACAUAAUUUCAGCCAGACAAUAUGGAAAAUACCUUUUGUUCCUGAUUAAGUUAUUAACCAAUUAAUGUUAACAUUUUCUCAUCCAAAUAUUGCAUGGCCACCGUUACCGUUUUAUUACAAUAUCUUUACCAAAAAAUUUUAACAAGUUUCUACCUUUAAAUGUUUUCUCCGUCUUUCCCCCGUUUAAUAAUUGUCAUAAUAUUCCCCCUGUGCCGGUUUGGACUCCUGCCGGUGCGUUGCAGCACUUGUCGGAGUGUGGGAAAAGGGACACUCAAUUCGUCUAAUUAGUUCUUGACUGACAAUUUCAUUUGUCACAUGACUGCUUGUUGUUUAUUUCAUUAUGUGGUACUUGCCGCUGUGCAGGUUAUAAUUAACUACGGUGUUCAAUGUAGUUGUCUUUCACAGGUCACUAAACAGUUGUGCGUGCAUGUGGGUGUGUGUGUGUGGUAUCCAAUGUCGCCCUGUACAGAAACCAGAGCUUCAGCUUCCUCUGUUCUACAACCUGACUCCUUGCUCAGAUUCCUGCUGCACACACACACACACACACACACACACACACACACACACACACACACACACACACACACACACACACACACACACACACACACACAGACAGAAGCAGAUGUAUAUGGAUUUGCAUGGACAUCCCCUUUUAACAACAAACGCACACACACACACACACACAGGUAGCUCUGUUUUCUGUGAGCUGUGGUUUCCUCAGUAUCUUGUCUGCAGAAUAAUUAUUCUGUAAAGAAAGCAUGUAACUUCUGGACCUUAGUCAGUAGCUUUCCAUCGGACCACCUUUCGUUCGGCUGUGAUACUUUCUCACACGACUGCAUGCACAGAACUGCCAACAGUGUUCACUCUCGAACACAUGAGAUGUUGCACGGGAGCUUUGAAUCAAGUCUACUGAAUCAAGAUUUAGUAGCUUUUUGUUUCAUUGUCCACUUACAUUUUUUCCCUAUGAUAUGAUCGUGUAGAUUAAAGUAUUGGCGACAUACUUUCA